AUGACAUGUCAUGAUAUCAUGAAUGAGUCAAGUGAUGUAGAUGUACCCUCGAAAACGAAGGCAUCUAAAAAUGAAGAAGAAGAAGAAGAAAAAAAAAAAAGAAAAAAGAUAGACAGCAUCAUCCAAAAAAAUGAGUGUGAUGCUAAUUAUGAACAAAAAGAAAAAAGGGAAAGGAGUUUAUCUAGUGAAUCUUAUAGACCAGAAAAAAAGAAGCUAUGUUGUUGUCAUGAAAAUAAUGUUUCAAAAUGCUCUAACAAAACUGAAAAGGGAAACACAACUCCGAAGAAUAAGAAUGCAGAUACGCUAAGUACUGGAAUUAACGAAUUUGCAAUUAACUCAAAAAACAUAAAUGAGCCCUUUAAAUUUUUUAUCGGUGGUAUUCCACAAAACAUCACAAACAAAUACAUAUCAGAAUAUUUCGAAAAAUAUGGGCCAGUGCAAAAUGUAGUUAUAGCGCAAGACCAUGAAACAAAAAGAAACAGGGGAUUUGCGUUUGUUACAAUGUCAUCUCAAAUAAAUAAAGAUAGAAUCUUAAUAGAUUCUCAUGAACUAAACGGAAAAAGAGUAGAUGUUCGUGAGGAGCAUAAUACUACCCCCUCCGACAUUCAAAGAAAAAUAUUCGUAGUUCAAAUUGUGGUUGAUUCGUCUGGUAGAUCUCGAUGUUUUGGAUUUGUAGUUUUCGCUAAUGAAUCAUCAGUAGCCAAAGUUUUGAAACACAAAAGACACAAAAUAUAUGAUAAAAUGGUCGAAGUUAGAAAAGCGGAGCCAAAGAAACCCAAAAUGGCUAUGAAACGGCAAAACAAUAAAAGCCAUUCGAAGUAUUCUCAUCUUCCCCCUUUUAUGACCCGAUUCCCAUGCAAUAAAGAGACCAUGGCACAGUGGGCUAAUUUUAUGUACAGUACAUGUGGAGUACCCUUUUUAUUUAAUCAAAGAUUUCAAAACGUUCCUGACUUUUAUUCCAAUUAUAAUUAUUAUCCGAAUGCGGUGGAAAAUAUGCAGCCACCAGAAUAUAACAACUAA